GGUUAAAGCGUUUCCAAAGGGGGAGUUUGGAGAAGCCAGCCUUCCUUCCCCCGCGCGGAUCAACUCAUUGGGUGGGAGCUGAGAGAGAGACAAGAGUCCCCAGCAAAUCAGGAGCUAAUUGAUUAAAGAGACUUCAUUUGAAUAGGAGGGGGGGCUGGCAAGGUGCCAAUCGCCUUUCAAAGGAGCCCCCACCCCCCCUCUCCUGUAUGAUUAAUCGCACGGCAUUAUUGAUAAUCAUAACGGGGCACAUGCGCGGUGGAUGGGGCUCGAUUUACGUAAUUUUUGAGGAGGUUUUGUAGUCAUUUUUUUAUUCUCUGCCUGCUGAUGUGCCAGCCAGCAUGUCGCGGAGGAAACAGGCGAAGCCGCAACACUUCCAGUCCGACCCGCAUCUGCCUUUACCCGAGCACAAUGGGGACACGGAACUUUGCUCUGAAGACGCCUCCUGCAAGGAGUCAGACGUCCAUGUCUGUAACAGAUGUUGUGCUGAGUUUUUUUACUUUUCCGAUCUUGAAGAACACCAGAAAAAUUGCACUAAGAAUCAGUUAGUUUUGAUAGUCAAUGAAAAUCCUGCCUCCCCUGCUGGAACUUUCUCACCUGGAUCUCCUCCUCAUAAUCCAGAUGACCAGAUGAAUGAAACGCCUAACACUGAUCAAACGGAGUCCAGUGACCUUUUAGAGCCCAACACGCUUGAAAAAGACGAAUUCAUGGAUGUAGAUGUUUCUGGAAUAAGCAGCGGUCACGAAGAAGAAUGCAGCCAAACUGGGAGAGGAAGCCCUCUCAAUACAGUCAGCAGUCACACGGGCAGGAGCACUUCAGGCGCCGCUGUGGGUACUUCAGCAGUCUCUGCCUCCUUGCCUCAGCUCAGUAACCUAACUGAACUUGGGAACUUCUCCAUGAUAAACAGCAAUGUCAUAAUUGAAAAUCUGCAGAGCACUAAAGUGGCUGUGGCUCAAUUCUCCCAAGAGGCCAGAUCCACUGGUGGUCCCAGGGUGGCUGUGCCAGCCCUAAUGGAGCAGCUUUUAGCCCUGCAACAGCAGCAGAUUCACCAGCUGCAGCUUAUAGAACAAAUUCGCCAUCAGAUUCUGUUAUUAGCUUCCCAGUCCCCAGAAAUGCAGGUACCCCCAACUUCUGCUCCAGGCUCAAUGGGGCCCUCUGCCAGCCCACUGACGACACUCAGCUCACAUCUCUCUCAACAGCUGGCUGCAGCCGCAGGCCUUGCACAGAACCUGGCGAGUCAGUCAGCCAGCAUUAGCAGCCUAAAACAGCUGGCUGCAGCAGCACAGCUACCUCAGUCCAACCCAAGCAGCAGUGAGACAUCUCAGAGCGUUACCACACUGGGACCAUCAACAGUCAAUCCUCAGUCCACUGAUAAGCGACCUAGUGUCAUGAGUAGCCUCCACUCUCAGCUUAGCAACUCCUCACUAGCUAAAUCAUCAACACCAGCUUUUGGGAUAGGUAGCUUGUUGAGCUCUGCAGUGAAUCCCCUUCUACCUCAGCCCCCAUCCGGAAACCCCAUAUUCUCUAGCUCCAUUCCCAACGUUGGGUCCACUGUAGAAGACUUAAACUCUUUAGCGGUUCUGGCCCAGCAAAGGAAAGGCAAGCCACCAAAUGUAACUUCAUUUGAACAAAAGAGCAGCUCUGACGAGGCUUUCUUCAAACACAAGUGCAGAUUUUGUGGCAAGGUAUUUGGGAGUGAUAGUGCCUUGCAAAUCCACCUUCGCUCUCACACUGGCGAGAGACCAUACAAGUGUAAUAUCUGUGGUAACCGCUUCUCUACCCGUGGUAAUCUGAAGGUGCAUUUUCAGCGUCAUAAAGAAAAAUACCCACAUAUCCAGAUGAACCCUUACCCUGUUCCUGAACAUCUUGAUAACAUACCAACAAGCACAGGUAUACCAUAUGGCAUGUCUAUGCCACCUGAGAAACCUGUCACAAGCUGGCUGGACAGCAAACCAGUUUUACCCACUCUAACAACUUCCGUUGGUAUGUUACUGCCACCAACCAUACCAAGCCUCCCCCACUUCAUAAAAAAGGAAGAUCAUUCAAUAGCCAUUACAAGCCCUUCUGUUACUGCAAAGAAUGACUCAGGUGCUACUGAGCCUUCAGCUAAAAGUAAUGAGGGAGUGUCUGAAGAAGGCGAAGGUGCAACUUUGCCUACCUCAAAUGGAAAAACUGAAGAAGGCAGCCAUUCCUCAGGCUUUAUGACUAAUCUGAGCUCUGCCUCAGAAAGUAUUGCAGAAUAUACAACUUCUAAUAGCCCACCCAUGAUGACCAAUCCACUCAUGCCUCUUCUGACCGAUCAAUUCAAGGCUAAAUUCCCCUUUGGUGGCAUCCUGGAUCCUCUCCAUGGGUCAGAGACUUCAAAGUUGCAGCAACUUGUGGAAAACAUUGACAGAAAGGUGACAGACCCGAACGAAUGUGUCAUUUGCCAUCGGGUGCUGAGUUGUCAAAGUGCUCUGAAGAUGCAUUAUCGUACUCACACAGGGGAAAGACCUUUCAAGUGUAAGGUCUGUGGCAGAGCAUUUACCACUAAGGGAAAUCUUAAGACCCACUACAGUGUCCAUAGGGCUAUGCCUCCUCUUAGAGUUCAACACUCCUGUCCUAUUUGUCAGAAGAAGUUUACAAAUGCUGUAGUUCUUCAGCAACAUAUUCGCAUGCAUAUGGGUGGGCAGAUCCCCAACACCCCUCUGCCAGACAGUUAUCCAGAGUCCAUGGCUUCUGAUACUGGUUCCUUUGAGGAGAGAAACUUUGAUGAUCUGGACAACUUCUCUGAUGAUAACAUUGAGGCGAUGGAAGAUGGUCUAGAUAGCAGUGUUCCAGACACACCAAGGUCUGCUGAUGCGUCCCAUGACAGUUCAUGUAAUUCUCCAUCUCCUGCUGAAAUAACUAACCAAGAAAGGCAAGAAAGAAAUGGUCAGGAAAAUGUGCAACACAAUGAAAUGGAAGAGCUCUCAGCUACCCAGAUGAAGGUAAUUUCAAAUGGUUUAAUUGAAGGGGAUUGCCUCACUAAUGAUUCCUCAUCUCUGGGAGGAGAUAUUGACAGUCAAAGUGCUGGGAGUCCGGCGGUGUCUGAAUCUACCUCCUCCAUGCAGGCACUAUCCCCAAGUAACAUGCAGUCACAUCUACAUAAAUCUCCAAGCUUUGAAGAAAGGCAUCAGAGAGCCUUAUCUUCUGACCACACCAGUGCAAGCUUGUUGCACUCUCAUCCCUCCAACAUUGGAGCCCUAGAUCUGACAUCUGUCAAUGCCUCGAAAGACCCCCUGGGCAUGAUAUUCCCCUUUCGUGAGCGUAACACCAUUAAGAACACAUCCUGUGACAUCUGUGGGAAGACCUUUGCUUGUCAGAGUGCCUUGGACAUUCACUACAGAAGCCAUACCAAAGAACGACCAUUUAUUUGCACCGCUUGCAACAGGGGUUUCUCUACGAAGGGCAAUCUCAAGCAGCACAUGCUAACUCAUCAAAUGAGAGACCUGCCCUCACAGCUCUUUGAGCCAUCAAAUACCAGCUUAUCGUCCAGCCCAACCCCUUCCCUUCUCUCUGUUGGGUCUCUCAGCAAACCUGAGGUCAACGGUUUCCUUCAUGGCCUCCACCAAGAAAGCAAAGACGUCACCCCAGGCUUGGUCACAUCAUCAGCCUCCACGUCACCAGUACUCUCUGCUGCUCCACCACGUAGAACACCCAAGCAACACUUCUGCAACACCUGUGGGAAAUGUUUCUCCUCUUCCAGUGCUCUGCAAAUUCAUGAGAGAACCCACACAGGGGAGAAACCAUUUGCCUGCAGUAUCUGUGGCCGGGCUUUCACCACCAAAGGAAACCUCAAGGUUCACAUGGGCACACACAUGUGGAACAGCGCUCCUGCCAGACGUGGCCGUAGGCUCUCUGUGGAUGGUCCAAUGGCCUUCCUGGGCACAAAUCCAGUCAAGUUCCCUGAAAUCUUCCAAAAAGACAUGGUAUCAAGGGCAAGCAAUGGGGACCCGGCUAGUUUUUGGAACCAAUAUGCCGCAGCCUUCUCCAAUGGCCUGGCAAUGAAGACAAAUGAAAUCUCUGUUAUUCAGAAUGGAGGCAUUCCCCCUAUGUCAGGUGGUGUGGGAAAUGGGGGCAGCUCUCCCAUAGGUGGCCUCACAGGAAGCCUGGACAAACUACACAACACAGAGCCCAAUGCUGCUCUUGCUGGUCUGGAGAAAAUGGCCAACACAGAGAACGGGUCCCACUUCCGGUUCACCCGCUUCAUGGAGGACAAUAAAGAAAUCGUCACCAAUUAGUGUGCUCAUGUUGGGCUCAGACACGCAAAGAUGCCUUUAGGCAUUCUGUACACAUGUAGACAUACACAGAAGACAGAGAAGGAGAACAAGACGAGGAUAAAAUCAAAUGAACUGUUUUGCUCGUCAUUGAAUCUUUACAAACACUCGUGUGAAGAUAAGUUGCUUUUUUGUACAAUGUACAUGUCAUAGUUUUACGGAGCUUAUUUAUUAGUGAUUAUAACCUUGCUUGAAAACAAGUGAAAGCAUUAACAGUUAGGGUUUGUUUAUUUUUAAACCAGAAUGAGUAUGUAUGGGUGCUUUGAAACUUAGAAAAUCUGGCUAGAAUACCAUACAUUGGCAUUAAGUUAUUUUCUGUCUGUAGUAGCUAUAACCGAACUGUCUAUGUUUCUGUGAUGCAUUAGCCCUGUAAUAAGCAAACAAACUUGCUGUAAAUAAUGUACACUGAUCUCCUUUAGAUGGUCUAACUUCUGUAUGUUUCCCUCUCCUCUCGAGAUAAAACAAUGACAUUCAAGCAAGGGACAAAAUCAUGUGUUAGUUCAUCUUUUUGUUUGUUAUUUACCUUUAUUUUAUUUAAGGAAGACGUAAUAUUAAAGUUUGCUACAUUUCCAGCGUUUCUUUAGUGUUACCUUGUUUUGUUGAUACAGUCUCCGUGUAUUGUGCUUUCUAUUUUUUUGUUUG